AACCAUACCAACUAUAGCUAUUUGGGUCCCUCCAAGAAUUUGAACAUUCCACUUCCGAGGAGGAUUUCCUGGCUAAACCAUUCUAUCGGUACGCUGUACGGUCGCGGCCAUUUCAAAGCUGAUAGUCGAGGAGUAAUAGAUUUAGCAAAAACUGCACCUCUCAGAGGAACGUAUUCAGGUGUUCGUCCCAUGGGUCUAUUCGAGAGCCUUACACCAAGCGAUGAUUAUCGCUUUGGAAGCUACUGCAAGUGCACUCCACCGGAUCCUUUCCACUUUGUGCUCGAGCUGUAUGAUGAUGUUGGCAAACUCGUCCAUUCAUUGCCUUUGCUCAAGCGCUGGAUGCAUCCAGCAGUAGUUCGAAGAGAAAUUGAAGAGGAUGGAAUCUGUGGGACGCUCUUCUUACCACCAGGUGAAGGCCCAUUCCCCACAAUCCUCGACAUGUCAGGAACUGGUGGUGGAAUUAAUGAACACAAAGGAGCAACUUUAUCUUCAGAAGGGUUCUGUGUUUUGUCAUUGGCGUUCUUCCAAUAUAAGUCCCUAAUUGAGGAUAUGAACGAGCUCGAUAUGGACUAUUUUAAGAAGGCGAUUGACUGGUUAAUCUCUCAACCGUUCACACGAAACGAAAUUGGAAUACAAGGUGUAUCUUUUGGAGGUCUGCUGGUCAACAUGCUUGCUGUGAGGCAUCCAGAGAUUAUAGCUGUGUGCUCAAUAAAUGGAAGUCAUUGCCUUAGCGAUGUGGCUAAAAUUAAGGAGCAUGGAAAAUUCCUGCCUCAUGUGGGUAGGAAAUGGCCAAGUAAUUCCCAUAUCCGAAAUUCGAAUAAUAAUAAAAAAAAACUUCAGGGCUCAUUGGACGACCUCUCAACGCCGACAGUGUUCUGCAGUCGCUUGGCGGAAAAGAAGUUGAAAGAGUCCGGACACUAUGUCGAAGUUGAUUUUGCUCCGGGUGGGCAUUUGAUGGAACCACCCUACUAUCCUGGUCUUCCGGUCGUCUACUCGAAAUUCGCUGGGACCAUGCAAGCAUAUGGUGGUGAACCUUCCCAACAUGGAGCCAGUCAGCCCCGUGUUUGGGCGAACACCGUAUCAUUCUUCAAACGCUUUCUUGGUGACACAAAACCUCUCCCGGACUAUCGACAAGAAUUACGAUCACAUUUAUGA